AUGGCUCGUACCAAACAAACAGCUAGAAAAUCAACCGGUGGAAAAGCUCCUCGGAAACAGCUUGCAACCAAAGCAGCGCGCAAGAGUGCACCGGCAACUGGUGGAGUGAAGAAACCUCACCGCUACCGGCCAGGUACUGUCGCCUUGAGAGAAAUUCGCCGCUACCAGAAGUCAACAGAGUUGCUUAUCCGCAAGCUUCCCUUCCAGCGACUCAUUCGAGAAAUAGCACAAGAUUUUAAGACUGACUUGCGUUUUCAGAGUUCAGCCGUGCUGGCUUUGCAAGAAGCAGCUGAAGCGUACCUCGUGGGACUGUUUGAGGAUACGAAUCUCUGUGCCAUCCACGCCAAGCGUGUAACGAUCAUGCCUAAAGACAUUCAGCUCGCACGGAGAAUCCGAGGAGAGCGCGCUUAA